AAAAAAACAAAAUGUAAACAAACAUUUUCGGGAUUUUCAAAAAAUUCUCAAUUUUCCAAAAAAAUCCCGUGAUGGCUGCCGGCUGCAGUAAAACGUUCGCCUCAAAAUACGACGAAGAACUGCACUACGAUUUGGAGUAUGAGGAGUAUUGCAAGAAUUUCGAAUUCUCCAAUUCAUCGACGUGUUGGAUUUGCAACGGAUACUAUGGCCCCAGUUACGGUGAACCACUCUGCGGCACGUGCCAUGCGUUUAUCUUUCCGAACCAUCCGGAGGGAGCCGCCGAGGAUCUCGUUACGCAGAUGUCGGAUGACGAAGACUCGGGCAACGAUGAACCCCCGGAAAACGGUUCCGAAGCUAAAGAUCGUUCCGACGAAGACCCUGACGAUGACGAACGCGAGCGACCCCGACCCUCGGCUCCACGCAAUCUUGGCCAAUAUCUAGACAUGCUUUCACAGCCUCGAGAAUCGGACGAAUCACAACAGAAGAUUUGCGACAUGCCGGUCGAAGUGCUGCUAGCCAUUUUUGGUCACCUGGAUGAUCUCUCGUUGUGGAAUGCGAGCGAAGUUUGCAAACAGUGGAAACGCAUACUCGAGGUGCACAUUCCACAAUUGAUGUGGAAAAAGUACACCAAGGAACGGUGGCCGCUUUUCCAGCAGAUCUCCACCAUACCAAACUGGCUGCACAUGUACGGUGCGCUGAUGAAUUCCUGCUUCUGCCGUACCUGCCUCCUACAGAUGGCACUAAAGACUCCGAUGCGUGGCCGCAUGAACCACAUCCGUGCCAAUCGAUUACGGAGCGAUAUUCGUUCUCUGGAUCGUGAUGCUACGGAAGGGAUCGAUGCGGUUGCACUGGACAAUCAGUUAUUUCACUGGCAAGCAUCGAUUCUCGGACCAGCCGGAAGUCCGUACGAGGGUGGGAAGUUUUUCCUAUACAUCGUCAUUCCACCGUCGUACCCCAUGCUGCCGCCGCAGGUUCGUUUUCUUACCAAAAUUGUACACCCAAACGUUUCACGACACGGAGACGUGGGAAUCGAUAUCAUCCAGCACAACUGGUCGCUGGCGCUAACCAUCUCCAAGCUGCUGCUAUCCGUACAGAGCCUACUGACUGAUCCGUACACACAGAUUUGCAUGGAACCUGAGCUUGGCCGGAUGUACGAAAACGAUAGGCUCAGAUUUGAAGCCUUAGCCCGAAGCUGGACGUGGAAAUACGCCAUGUACGAGGUAUUGCCACCUCUGGAUGGCUUGACGUAAAUAGGACCGGAUACCAUCGUUUCUUGAAGUUUGUAUUGCUAUUAGGUUUGUUGGAAGUGCAACGCGUACAGUAAGACAUUUUGUACAUUACCACAGUUCCUUUCGUGUGGAGAGGACUUUGUUUGGAUAAAAAUAUAACUCUUGUAUAUUGCGUGAUCCUCUAUCUGGUGACUUCGUAUGUAACGAUUUCGCACAAAGUAUGAAUUUUCCUAAACAUGAAGUAUAACGAUUCUCAUCCGCCAUCUACUGUGACCAGCAUCAAGCAGCAAGGUAGCAUAUUCGAAUAAGUUAUAAAAUGUAUUCAUCGCAUGACCCGUGGGCUAAUAAAGAAUAUCGGUUUGCAAAUGCAAUUUGAACGCCGAAUA